CUCACUGCAUUUAGUUUGAGACGAUUUGCAAGUUAUCUAGAACAAUUGUUUGGCUGUCGAGUCGCUUUUCUGAAGAUUUCACGUCGAUCUUUAGUAUCUUUGUCUUCCAGAGAUCGAUUCGUUCCUGUACUGAAGUAAUCUCUAGAUUCUAGAAGAGUCCUGCCUUCUCUUUGUCUCUACCGCCGCCAUGGGGAAUUUUGCGUCACUUCUCCCAGAUGAAGCAGUAAUAGAGUGUAUUGACUUGGUGGAAGGUCAGUUCUAUGGCCUGGAAGGACCGCACAUGUUCUUGGGAUUUGAGGCGUUCCACCAGAGGACGGAGAGACACGUUGGACCGGCAAGAGAGGACGAGUCACUGGAGAGCCCGUCAUGAAGCCGGAAGACGUGGCCACUCAGCAGACCUAAGCCAAGACUGGCCUGAGCUGGAUGUCCAGCAGAGACUGCCACAGUUCCCCUUCCCCAUCCCCUCCCUUGCAGAAGUUGGAAGUACUGGGCCUCAUCGUGGCGCAAGGGUGAACACCCUGUUCAAACCUCAAGACACAUGUCGUGCUGAAACAGGAGCAGACUGUGUGGAGAGGUUUGAGCUGGAUGGCCAACACAGUACUACACUCACCAGUGUGAAGGAUGAAUGGAGAGUCUAUAGGCAAGUGUGCAAAAUGUGAGCUGUUUGACAUAAUUUGUUGGUGUGUUGAACGAAAGUCCGAACUUGAAUUUCUUGUGGUUUUUUUAACCCUUCGAGCCCCAUGCGUGUAUAUUUUCAGCAUCACUUUCAUCACUUUCACCUCCCUUGGUC